UAUAAUUGCUGCUUUGGAGUUGCAGAAAGAGUUUGGGUUUUUUUCUUUUUUUUUUUUUAAUUCUUCGAUUUUGGUUUCCCUGCAAUUAUAAAGUUUUCGAUAGUGCAAAGCAUAAGCUUGUCGAUUCGGCUGAGUGUUCAAAUUCUAAGCUCUUGCGAAGGGUUCUUCUUGAGAUUGAUCUGGUUUUAAUUUGGAACUAGAGAGAGAGAGAGAGAGAGAGAGAGAGAGAGAUGGCUCCAACUCAGGAUCCCAACAGCGUCGGAGGCGGUGCGAAGCAGGAUGAAGCUUCCCUGAAGGUUCCGUCUAAGGAUCCCAAGAAGAAGGACGAGAAAAAGGAAGAGGACCUUUCUGAUGAGGACUUGGAACUAAAGCAGAACCUUGAGCUCUAUGUUGAGAGGGUUCAGGAUCCCAACCCGGAGUUGCAGAAGGCUGCUCUUGAAAGCAUGAGGCAGGAAAUCCGGGCUUCAACAAGCUCCAUGACUUCAGUUCCCAAGCCACUUAAGUUUCUCCGUCCCCAUUAUGGAACUCUUAAAGCAUUUCAUGUAACAAUGGCUGAUUCUGAUCUCAAGAAGUACUUGUCCGAUAUCUUGUCUGUCUUGGCCCUUACCAUGUCUGCGGAGGGUGAAAGGGAAAGCUUAGGUUAUAGGUUGAUUGGAACUNCCAGCAUCAAUUGGCUCCAUCUCCACUUGGAUUAUGCAGACUAG